AUGACAAUUCAAGAAAAUUCUCGUCUGAAAACUCGGAUGGAGAAGUUAGAAAAACGAUAUUUUGAAGAAAGAGAGCAGUGGCGUUUAACGUCGACUGCUACUACAGUGACUGCAACUACAGUGACUGCAAAUGCAAGUGCUCUAAUUGAGAGCAACGGUUAUAGUGGCGGCGAAUCUCUUUCUUCUGCAACAUUUAGAGAUAUGCAGAUGCACAUUGAAAGACUGGAAAAAAUGACAAAUAAUGUUGAAGACAAGUCAGCAAGCACGCUUGUUCGGCAAAACCAUGAGCUGCGCCAAGCAUACGAGCAUCAACUGACGGUACUAAACGAGCUCGAGCGUAAAGUGGAGCUCUACAAACAACAAACGGAACCAUCACGUGACGCAGACGCAAAAUCGCCUGCUCUCGAAUCGAUGGUCGACAAAAUAAUCGAGAUUGAAAGGUUGUUAACAGUCGAGCGUACGCUAGUACAAGAGCUCGGAAAACAACUACAGCAGAAAGUCCGCGAGGCAGAUACUUUGCGUCAACAGCUAGACUUCGAACGCUACACGCAACAACAAUCUCAAGAAACAAUAAGUGAAACCCUAACCCAAGCCCUAAACGACAUUAUUCUUGUUGCCAUUGAAAUGCCUUGCGAGUCCAAAGGGACCGAGUUGGAAAAAAUUUUGAAAAAUUUUGAAACAAAAUUUAAAGAGCUCCCCUUACCGUCUAAAGCAAGAGAUUUAACGGCCGCCAUUCAUGUCGCAAGCGACGACUGCAGGCAAAUAAAUUUCUUGCGCGGUGACGCUUUGGAGGAGCUUAACUUACCUGAAAAUGAGGAUGAUUUGUCUCUCGAAGAAGCGCGAUCUACGGUGAGGAAGUUGCGCGAGCUGUUUAAGCGGGUCUUGCGCGAAGCGAAGCGCAACAUUGUCGAGCAGAUGAGGAUAUCGAAAGUGAAUUCGAUGAAAGUUAAAGAUCUCGACGAGCGCCUGCGCAAAGCUGAAGCGGACAAGCAUCUGAUUCAGGAGCAAUUGACCGAAGAGAAUCAAAAACAGCGAGCCGCCAUUAAUCAAUUCGAACAAUCUCUAGGCAAUCGCAGCUCGUACGCCAUCAAAGCGGCGCAAUCUUCACGUGCGUUGGUCGAACUUUUGGAAGAACAAAAGCAAGACUUGAAGAAACAGUUAGAAACGAUGAAGACACAUAUAGAAUCUCUAGACAGCCGAUUAGAAAAUGAAUUGGAUACGAACUCGAAGUUACAGAAAGAAAUCGAGCGGUUGGAGUCGAAUGCCGUCAAAGAGGCAGAGUUGGCGUUUAAAGACACCGUAUUGUCACUGCGGAGACAGAUUACGGAUCUUCAACAAGAAUCUUUGGAAGAAAAAGAGAAAAGAGAAAGGGAAAGAGAGUUGCGACAAACGGCAGAAGAGGAAGUAAACAAGCUUCAAAGCCAGUUUAAAGCACACGAAGAUGAAAUUAGGGAGUGCAGAAAAGUCAACGCGUCACUGACUGAUUCCACGCGACAACUAACCCUACAGGUAACGGACCUCGAAACAGAAUUAAGAACGCUACAAAACAGGCAAGUAACACCUCUCUCACAACAACAACAACAACUACUUCAACACGAAUGUAACGGUGUCAAAGGUACCGUCGAACGAGAAUGUUCUUCGCGUGUGGGCGAGAGCGAGCGCGGCGUGGCGAGUUUGGUGGAGCCUUCGCUGGUUUCGAGACGCUCUGCUGCUUCGGAUAGAAAAGGCCAAUCCGGGACUGCUGCCGGCUUUCCUCUCAAAUCCGACAGAAUGACUCGGUCUCUCUUACUGGGCGACGCCGCAAAUGGUCAGUCAUCCGGUCACUCUUCGUUCCAACCUCCAAUGGCAAGUUCCUUUUCUUCUCCGAACGCUACGAUGCCUUCGCUUGCUCGACGUUUUCCAUUUCGAGUGUCGGAGAGCGGUUACGGUACGAAGAAUCUGGCAGGCGACUCUGGGAGAGCGCGUAGUGAAGCGAGGCAUGGAGGUCUCGAUGUUCGAAGUGCUGGCUACGUGUCGCUUGGAGGGCGACCCUAUAGGCAAACGAUGCAGUGUCUGCGAUGCAGCGCAAGGUUUCCGAUCGCAAAUCUGGAAGAAUACGAGAAACACAUUCGAGAUUGCUACUCGGAUACAAUAAACUUUAGUUGAUAACAACAUUUUUC